CUCUCUCUCCCUCCUCCCCUCUCUCUCUCUCUCUCUCUCUCUCUUCAUAUGAUAUCUAUCUGUAUUCUCCAUUGUAGCUACAAAUAAUCAAAUCAACAGUGCUCUCUCAUUUUCCAAUCAUCAUCAUCAUCAUCAUCACAAUGACAAAUCAGUUCAUGUAAUCAAAUCGGCAUCUUCCCCUCUCCCCAAAUUAAACUCACUUCUUCGUCUUCUCCGGCGACUUAAUUAGGGUUCCGAUCAACCCCCCCAACACCAUCAUGUCGCUCGAGAGCAGCAUCCUCACCGCCGGCAGAAAGCCGAGGCAGGCGGCGACCAGAUCCCCAUCGGCGGCGCGGCCACAAGAGCCGCCGCUCCUCUGCCCCAGGUGCGACUCCCCCAACACCAAAUUCUGCUACUACAAUAACUACAACCUCUCCCAGCCGCGCUACUUCUGCAAGACCUGCCGCCGCUACUGGACCAAGGGCGGCGCCCUCCGCAACGUCCCUAUCGGCGGCGGCUGCCGCAAGAAUAAGAAGACCGUCAAGUAUUCCCUCAAGCUCCCCGCCAAGGACUCCAACAGCACUGGAUCGUCGUCUUCCUCCGAUCUCGGCGGCCUCAAGUCCUUCUUCCAUGGCCUCUCCACCGCCAUGGAUUUCCAGCUCGCCAGUCCGAACGCCCAAUUGGGAAACCUAGCUUCUCCGGCGGCCCCCAAUUGUCUCCCCCAACAGCUCGACCCUCUCAUGGGGUUCAGUUCAGGGUUUUUGGAAAUGGGAUCCAUGAAUCUUCAGAGCUCGAUCGAGUCGCUGAAUUCGAUCAACCAAGACCUCCACUGGCAGCUGCAGCAGCAAAGAUUGGCUAUGCUCGCCUUCGCCGACAAGCCACAGCCGAAUUUGUUCGAUAAUCAUCAGAUUGACACCUCCAAAAAACCAGAUCAAUCCUGUCCGAUGAUUACACCGUAUGUGAAUAUGGUGAAUGAGCGGUUUGUUGAUAAACCCUACCCAACGUUAACUGCAGCGGCGGCGGUGGAUCCGACGACGACGACGACAACAACGGCGGCGGCAAUGGCGGCAACAGCUAGCAGCACAAUUAGGAACUGGAGUGGAAUUCAGUCGUGGAGUGCUGAUCAAUUGGCUCAGUUUAAUUCUCUGCCUUAAUCAGACGUGGUGUUUGUUCAUCACCUCAAAUCUGCUUUCGUAUUUUCUUAUUUGGUAAUUUUCGAGUGUCUCUAUCAGAUCAGUUGUUGAAUCAUGGUUAUAUAUAUAUAUAUAUAUAUUAAUUAGUCUUCUUCAUCAUCAUCAUCAUUUCUGAUUCUUAUUUCGCUUUAAUUGAUGUGGUCCAGCAGUCUAAAGAGCAAAUUACAGUAAAUUGUAU